AUGAAGAUUUUGAUACUCCUCGCCGCCACGGCUUCGUGCCGAGUUUUGGACUUGCUAAACAAUCUCGGUACAUAUGUUAUCGACGCCUCACCAAAAACGAAUAGAGACGCCGCGCCCGACAUAUUGACCGAGACGGAAUUGUCAGUCCGUCAUCCCGAGCCCGAACCUGUCAUCGUUGCCCACCAGAAUGCGCUCAGGGACGAUGAGAGUGGCUGGAUGUUUAAAUGCACUAUUCCUACUGCCGCCACCGUCGCGGAUUGCGAAGUGGUCCUCAGUCAAGUCAUCGCUCUGAGACCCGAUUCGCACAUUGUGGUAGGAGAAAUCGGGUGCAAGCGAUGGGACUGGGGUAACUGCCGAGCCUCGAUCUGUGCCAGCGGCCAAAACUACGUGAGCAUCAACGCCAUGGUUGCCAGCCACUCCAUGGGUCGGGUUCUCAUGACGAACUGCCUGAUGCGUGGGACCAAUGGCAUCGUGGCCAACUGCGGCGACUUUGGCGGCGCUUGCGAGAACUUUCAGAUCACCUUGGGACAUAUCAACGAUACGCUGCAUCAUCCUGCUCCAACGCAUUCUAAUGCCUUGCCAGCCCAUAGCGCUCCGCACGUUAGAUAG